GGAUAGAGCAAUGUCUGUUUCUUCCUCCAUUCAAACUUACGCUGCAUCAAUCCACUGAGUCUGUUCCAACAGAAGGACGUAAAUGGUUGUCAUCAUCAUCUUUGCUGCUCCUAUGUUGUCCUUGGGAUUCCCCGCAAUCUUAUUGCUUCAAUUUGAAAAGUAGGAUAAUUCAACGAUGUGGAUAUCGCUGUUGUUCCUGCUCUUCCCGUCUGUUUUGCUCUUCUUUGGCUUUGGCUGCCGGUGCACUUCCAGCUUUGUGUGUCCGGGGAUCUGCCGGUGUUCCUUCAACACCAUUACAUGUAACAACAUCACGGAGAAGUCCGUUCCAAUGAGCGAAAGGGGUCCAAGACUGGUCCUGAACCAUCUCUCUAUGAACGCUAUAGCCAGCCACUCCUUUGACGGUCUGAGAAGAGUCCAGCAUAUAGAAAUUGGUCAAAGUGUCGCCUUGGAAACCAUAGAGACCCUUGCGUUCAACAACCUUCUGGACCUCAAUGAAAUCUUCAUUAAGAACACACGGAGCCUGGUGCACAUCGCUCGAAGGACGUUCAACAACCUUCCUAAGCUGCGUUAUCUGAGUAUAUCCAACACUGGGAUAACAGUGUUCCCUGACAUGACUUCUAUCCAUUCUCUGGAACCUUGGAACCAAAAUUUUGUCUUGGAUAUCUGUGACAAUCUCUAUCUUCUGACAAUACCAGAAAAUGCUUUCGUUGGCAUGACAACUGAAUAUACUGCAAUGAACCUGUUCAACAACGGCAUUAGAGAAAUACAAGACUAUGCCUUUAAUGGGACCAAGAUAAAUAAAUUGGUUUUAAAGAAUAACCGAAACCUCAGAGUGAUCCAUAGGGAAGCUUUUAAAGGAGCGGUGGGCCCUAGGAUACUCUGCAGGAAUCAACUACACAUACUAGAAAGGCAUGCAGUACACACACUAGAUGUCUCGUCAACGGCGAUAGAGACUUUGCCGUCCCAUGGCCUAGAUUCUGUUGUGGAGCUGGUUGCCCGUACAGCCUACGGCCUAAAGAGACUACCCCCUUUCAUGGGUCUGGGGACCCUAGAGAAGGCACACCUCACCUACAACAGCCACUGCUGUGCCCUUCUCACCUGGGACACACACAGGGAUUCUCCAAUCAAUGCAGCACGACAUAAUGGAUCUAGGCCUGCGUAUUGCGAUCACAGUCCGUCUGAAAAGUCUCCAGGUGUUAUGGUGGAUUCAUCCGACACAUCCCUACUGGUGGAAAUACCUGGAAUAACCGAAGAUGUUGAUUAUGAGUCCUACGGGGGUGUGGAUUUCCAGUAUCCAGAACUAGGGUUAUAUUGUCAGACCAGACCAACCCUCCAGUGCACACCAGAGGCUGACGCCUUUAACCCGUGUGAAGACAUAGCAGGUUUCAGUUUUCUCAGAGUCGCCAUCUGGUUCAUCAACAUCCUGGCGAUCGCCGGCAACCUGACGGUCCUCCUCAUCUUCUUCUUCAGCAGAUGUAAACUCACCGUGCCACGCUUCCUCAUGUGUCACCUGGCCUUUGCUGACUUCUGCAUCGGUGUCUACCUCCUCAUGAUUGCCGUAGUUGACCUCCGCACCCGAGGCCACUACAGUGAGCACGCCAUCGAUUGGCAGACGGGGGCGGAUUGUAGUGCGGCGGGCUUCCUGUCUGUGUUCGGUGGGGAGCUGUCGGUGUACACGUUGUCGACUAUCACUCUGGAGCGCUGGCAUACGAUAACUCAUGCCUUGCAGCUGGAGAAGAGGCUAGGCCUGGCGCAGGCUGCUGGCAUCAUGGCUGGAGGGUGGUUGAUCUGUCUGGGGAUGGCCAUGCUCCCCCUGGUGGGGGUCAGUAGCUACAGCAGGGUGAGUAUGUGCCUUCCCAUGGACAUCAAGACUCCUCUGGCCCAGGCCUUCAUCCUCCUGCUCCUCCUCUUCAACGUGGGGGCGUUCCUGGUGGUCUGUGUCUGCUACGUUCUCAUCUACCUGGCAGUACGGAACCCCCAGUUACCCGGCCGCAGCGCAGACGCCAAGAUCGCUAAGCGCAUGGCUGUCCUCAUCUUCACAGACCUCCUCUGCAUGGCGCCCAUCUCAUUCUUCGCUAUAUCCGCAGCCUUUAAGGUUCCGCUCAUCACUGUCACCAACUCCAAGAUACUCCUGGUGCUGUUCUUUCCUAUCAAUUCCUGUGCCAACCCUUUCCUCUAUGCCAUCUUUACUAAAGCUUUCAGGAAAGAUGUCUAUCUGUUACUGAGUAACAUGGGCUGCUGCGAGAGUAAAACUAAUAUGUACCGGAUGAAGGCCUAUUGCUCUGAGAAUGUGGUGAAGAGUCGUUCUGGGAACAAGGGCACUCUGCUUUGUACAACACUAAGGAUGGACCCUCUGCCACUGCAGAGCCAACAGCUGAAAGAUGAUGGAGAUUAGGGGACAAUCUGAAAUGGCACCGUAUUCCCUAGAGGCUAAAUCGAAUGCUCUAUAUAGGUUAUAGGAUGCCAUUUGUGACGCAGCCCAAAACUGAACCUGAAAUAAAUAUUUCAAAGAGGAUGAAGAUUAGACUAAUCUUUUUUAUUUUGUUCUAUUCAUUAUCAUCAACAACAUCAACAAGUAAUACAGGAUUUUGUAGUGCAAUUCACUGGUUCCUACAUUCUUACUGGGUUGGGGGAGGUAUUGUUCAGUUGGGAAGUUUAUUUAACUGGGUCCUACAGUAGAACCAGGAUUGUCUGCAAUUUGCUGUAAAUCAAAGAGACGGUAAACAAUUUUGAACGUUUGAACUCCAAUGUAAUUCUCAUAUGGCUAAAUGUGUAAUUCAACCAAAUUUUAUUUAAAUAAAAAAACAUUUUCUGUUGGCAUCCCAGACUUCCUUGGUGAAUCAAUGCUACAGUAUGUACAUGUUUUGUAACAGAAUAACUAUUCGAAUAUAUAUAUACAUAUGUAUUUAUUUUACAUUUGGAAAAGAGUCAUAUGGAAUAUCGGCAAGCAGAGGCUGUCAAAGGCUGUCUGUAGACCAUUAGAAUGAGAAGAGUGUCCACAGACAGUGGUUAGACCAAGUGUAAACCAGCCUUGCAUUUCCCAUCAUGUCUAUUUUGCUUGAAUAGCAGUACUAUGCUCAAUAGUCAAAUGGCGGCGCACAUACAGUACCAGUCAAAAGAUUGAACACACCUACUCAUUCAAGGGUUUUUCUUUAUUUUUGAUAUUU